AUGCUGAUCGGCGGGUUAGUGCAUGUGGGAAUACUUUUCCUGACCCUGACUUUAGGACAGGUGCACGAAGAAGAUACCCAACAGCGCUUUUCAAGAUCUGUGGUCAAUAUGGACGAUUUGCUGAAUAUUGAGGAUUAUCUGGUACUCAAUCUGGAAAACUUUGCUGAAUUGCUCUUCCGAAAAGCCAGAACUAUUAGAUGGGGAAUCUACCAGAUGAGGAAAAUUCACCAGAAGCUAAGGGAGUCUAGGAAAUUUGUAUUUAAUCCAUUCGAAAGUUAUUCCCUCAUUCGUCACAUGCAAUCGGAUUGGUUGAUGUGGGAAUUUUUCCUGAAAAAGCCUGUUGCUCAAGAGCAAUUGUCUUAUAUGAAGACUAUGAAGUCCAAACUGCCGCAGGACCGUGACUUUUUUGAUGCAGCUGAAGGGAUUCGAAAAGUGCAGGCCACAUAUAAAAUAUCAUCUACUGAUAUGGCAAAUGGUCUGCUAGAUGGUGUGCAAUACAACUCUACGCUUGCAUCUUUAGAUUGCCUCGCAAUGUGUGAACAUCUGGUGAAGGAAUGGCGAUUACAAGUAGCUGAGGAAUGGAUACUUUCCGGAAUUGAAACCACUAAUCGAGUAGUUUCGCAAACAGAGUUACAGUUGUUGAGGGGAUCCAUUGAACCUGAACUCCACAGAUGCCUGGGAAAAGCGCGGAUGAAACAGAAAAAAUAUGAGGGCGCCUUGGAAGCCUAUAAGAUUGUCCUGAAACACUCGCCCCAUGACUCAAACAUAUUCACGGAGUAUCUGAACUUGGAAAGCAGAGUUCUAUCAGGAUUGGAACCAAUAGAGUAUAAAGAAGAGGAGGAUGUCGAAAGCGAUUAUUUGCCCACCUGUUGUAGUGGUCGCUGUGAAGUUCCCCAAAAACUUCGGAACCUUUAUUGUGUAUACAACCAUGUGACUGCUCCUUUUCUGAGACUUUCUCCCAUCAAAAUGGAGAUUCUAUCCAUUGAUCCUUUUGUGGUGAUCCUCCAUGACAUGAUCUCCCCCAAGGAUAGUGCUCUAAUACGAUCUUCGAGCAAAAAACACCUUCUUCCCUCCGCUACAGUUGAUGUGGGUGCACCCAAAGGACAGAAGAAAGUGGCUGAGUUUCGCACUUCAAAGUCUGUUUGGUAUGAUUACGAUCACAACGAGGCUACCAGGAAUAUGAAUAAGCGCCUGGGCGAUGCAACUGGUCUGGAUAUCAGGUUUGCAGAGUUCUUCCAGGUCAUCAACUAUGGAUUGGGGGGAUUCUUCAAUACACAUAUGGACACGCUGCUUUCGGACAAAGCCCGAUUCAACGGAGGCUAUGAUCGUAUAGCUACGGCGGUCUUUUAUCUAAGUGACGUGCCCCAAGGUGGUGGCACCUAUUUCCCUAAACUGAACAUCACGGUUUUUCCAAAGGCAGGGUCGACUCUCUUCUGGUACAAUUUGGAUACAAAGGGUAAUGAUCACCUAAGCACCCGGCACACAGGAUGCCCCGUCCUCGUGGGUUCCAAAUGGGUUGUUAGUAAGUGGAUAUUAGAUAUAGGUCAAGAGUUCACAAGGCCCUGCAUCGAUUCGAUUUCGAAAGCAAAAUACUUGGCAUCUGCUGAAAAACUUAUAAUUUAAUAUUUUUUGUAUUUUGUUUUAAAAAUUAAAUAUUGAAUUUACAAUUUUAAGUGAAACUAAUAUCUGUAAAAAUGUAAUUAUAAAAUAAGUUGAAGAACUAAAAGUUGUAGCUUCCAAUUUUAGUAUAAUGUUGUGUUAGGAAUAAUUCUAGAUUUAACUGAAACUAAUAACCGAUUAAAUUAAAUUAUGACAAUAAUUACCACGUC